AUGAGAGAGUUAUUUUUCUUUAUCGCUUUGAACGAAGAAGAUGCGCUGGUGGAGGUGUGCGUUGCUUUCUUUGAAGAGAAAGGUGCGUCAUUCAACGAUCAGGUGUCCAAGAAUGCGGAGCUUGCAUGCGCGUAUGACACAUGCUCGGACGAGGUUGACCUCCAUACUCGGGACGUAUCAUCGUGGUCCGGAGCCGUGGCUGAAGAGCCGUCAUCACUGCAUGACGUUGAGGUUCCAGCAGUUUUUAGCUCCGACGUUCUAAUCGAUACAAGUCGGGAAGCUAUCCAGAAGUCGUAUGCGAUGGAAGUGAUGGUUGCUCGAACUGGUUGGUGCCAGCUGCAAGCACAAGUGGAAAAACAGCUCACUAAUGGCUUGGAUGUCAGCGCGAAUGCGUUGGCAAAUGACGUGAAGUCGCUGAAAGAUUGUGUGUCUUCUGACUCAUUGAAGCGUCAAGAUGAACUGAGAGCUAUGCAGGAGAUGAUCGAUCGCGAGGAACAAAUAGCUCUUCUUCUGGAUGCAAUCGAAGAGCAACAGGGUGCUCAUGCUGAAUACGUGACUACCGUGAGCUAUCUGGAAUGGAGCAUUCAUCACUGUCACUAG